AUGGAGUGCCUCAAGGAAAAGUUCGUCGGCGGUGCCAUUCUCAACGGACGUUAUCAGACAAUCUCCCCUCUCAACCAUGGAUCUUUUGGUAUGGUUUUCAAGGCGCAUGAUCUCAGAACAAACGAGCCUGUCGCCAUCAAAUGCCUUACCAAGAAGAGCGCAUGCCCCGAUGGCAAUUGGGACUUCGCUGUCGACGACAAGUCAGAAGAGCAGGCCCUGCACAGUCGCCUUGGAGCUCACGAGAACAUCGUCAACCUUGUUGACUCUUUCGAGACCGAAUCUCAUAUCUACCUCGUUCUCGAGUUUUGUGGUCAGGGUGAUCUCUACGAAGCAAUCCGAAAGGGUCACGGUCCUCUCGAGACAGAGCAUGUCCGCCAAUUCAUGCUUGAGCUCAUCGAUGCCGUUGACUACAUGCACUUCAAGGGUGUCUACCAUCGCGAUAUCAAGCCCGAGAACAUUUUCCUCACUUCGGACGGUGCCAUGAAGCUUGGUGAUUUUGGUCUGGCAACUACCGAGAAGUGGUCGUAUGAGAUGACCGUUGGCAGCGACCGUUACAUGGCCCCUGAACAAUUCGAUUCGGCCGGCGCCGGUUACUCGCCUGCCGAGGCGGACAUCUGGGCCAUCGGAAUCUGCCUGCUCAACAUCCUCUUCUCCCGCAACCCUUUUACCACCCCCACUGAGGCCGACCCCCUUUUCCUUGACUACUCCCCGCGACAGCAGUCUCUUUUC